CCAUUUUUUUUAAAAAAAAAAUUCUCACUCUCACAUCGCGUCUCUUCCUCCAGCCUUCUCUGACCUCUGACUCCGCGCGCGCCCACGCUGCCACUGCCAGCCACCACCUCUCCCGAUCUGGCGCGCGCGCGCAAGGCCGUAACCCUAGACCGCGCCUACCCCCGCUUGGCGCAUGGACCACCCCGCCUCGUCGGUCGCCGCCGAGCUCUGGCGGCCGCCGCACCACCACCACGAGGCAUCCUCCGUCGUCACCACCGCCGACCGGGGCAACGGCGGACGCUCUGGCGGCGGCGGCGGCUCCGGCCGCAGGAGGCCGCGCGGCGACGCGUCCGCGGCUGCGGCGCCGCCCGAGGAGGAGCCGUCCAAGCUCGUCUCCACCUCCGGGACCGGCACCGGUGGCGGCGGCGGCCAGGACUUGGCUGAUCCAGAAGCAAAACGUUUGAAGUCGAUGAAAUGUAGUGACAAUAAUGAUAAUAUAAGGACAGAAGCUGAUGAUACAGAUUCAGGGAAUGCUAGCAAGGCUGUUGAUAAAAAACCUACACCGCCAGAGCCACCGAAACAAGACUACAUUCAUGUGAGGGCAAGAAGAGGUCAAGCAACUGACAGCCAUAGCCUUGCAGAAAGAGCACGGCGAGAGAAGAUAAGUGAACGGAUGAAAGUUCUCCAAGAUAUUGUCCCUGGAUGCAAUAAGGUUAUUGGGAAAGCAUCAGUCCUUGAUGAGAUAAUAAAUUACAUCCAAUCUUUACAGUGUCAAGUGGAGUUUUUGUCCAUGAAGCUUGAAGCGGUUAAUGCCCAUAUGAGCAAUGGGGCUGUAGCUUUUCCGUCUAAAGAUUUUGGUGCUCCUCCAUAUAAUACAACUCCUGGUCCGACAUUCGAUCCGCAAACACCAAGGGAAUAUGCCCAGGGCUCGACAUCAGACUGGCUUCACAUGCAGAUUGGCAAUGCAUAUGAAAGAGUGACAUGAGUACAAGGGAACCCACAAAACGAAAUUCCUUGUGGCGGCCAAUAAAGAGUACCAGGAUUAAUCAAGUCCGUGGUGCUAGGUUUAUUUUUUUUCCUGGUUAUCAUGUCGCCAAAGUAUUUUUAUUCCUAAUUUGGGGACAUUAUGCCGUAGUUGCAUUCAUCUAGGAGCAAACAUGGUCUUUUUUCCACCUGCAUGUAUAAUGUAUUCCAGGAGAUAUCUGUACCUCAGGUUGACAAAAGAAAGGAUGGAAAUACUGAUUUAUGGA